AUGCCGCAGAUCGCGCAAGCAGCUGAUGACAAUAAAUUUGAGACCGAUCGUGCGAAGCAGAAGGAGCGUUUCCAAAAAGUUAAUGAGGCACUGGCAGCUCUCGAGCAUCAUCUAGAACUUGGAAAUAAUAAAAUGGAUACGAUCAUCAAUUCUGAAAUACAGACAAGGAAAGUGCAUGAGAAAGGUCUUCUCACGAAAAUAACAGAGGUGGAAGACAAGCUCAAUUCGUACCUCGGAAAUUUGACGAAAUCAAUUGAUGAAGUAAAGGCAGGAAAGGAAAGCGUCAAGAUACCCUCGCUUGAUGUGGAUGCUGUAAGUUCUGUUGGAUUUCAUGAUGCUUGGACGGUAUUCGAGAGCUCUCAUGCUUGGGCUAUGGCUUGA